AUGCUCCAGACGUGCACAACGCGCGUCGAUCGACGAGGCGUCUCAAGCAGCGCCGGAGCCGUCCUCCUGCUCCAGCGCCGGCCUGAUGGCACCUGGGCCCAGCAAGGGCGCCUCCAUGCGCCGGACGCCGCCCCGCACGACUACUUCGGCCACUCGCUGUCCCUCCACGGCGACACCCUCGCCGUCGGGGCCCACCUCGCGGACGGCCCUGGACCCGGGGCCCGCCACGCGGGCGCCGUCUACGUGUUUGCCCGCAACGCCACGGGCGCCUUCGUGCCCGCCGCCCGCCUCUCCGGCGCGGCCGAGCCGGGCGCGCUCCUCGGCACCUCCGUCGCGGUCGCGUCGGAGACCCAGAUCCUCGCGGGCGCCCCGCGGGGCCUCGCGGGCGCGGGCGCCGUGGCCGUGUUCACCCGCGGGCCCGACGGGAACUGGACGCAGACCCAGACGCUGCGCGCGUACGAUCCGGACUACUUCACCUGCGCGCCGGGGGGGCCCAGGGCCGGCCGCGAGGCCCGGCCCCUGCCGCAGUGCCGCUGCGGUGGGCCCGACGCCGGCCCUGGUUGCUGCCGCUGCGACGAGUGGACGGCGGGGGACUCGUUCGGCGCGAAGAUCGCCCUGGACGGCGGAACCCUCGCCGUGUCGGCCGUCGGGGACGACCUCGCCGGCGCCGCGGGGCACGACGACACGGCGUACGACUGGGGCGCGAUCCACAUCUUCCUCUGGGACUCUGCCAGCGGGGCGUGGGCCGGCACGCAGAAGCUGCGCGCGAGCGUCGCGCAGCGGCACCUGCGCCUGGGCGGCUCCCUGGCGCUGUCGGGCGACACGCUCGUCGCCGGUGCCCUGGGCCACGUCGGCGCGCACGGCGGGGCCAUGGCUGUCGGCGGCGUGUUUGUGUUCCGCCGCAUCGCCGGCGCGUUCCGCGAGACGGCGGUGCUCGAGCUGCCCGCCUCCAUCACAGGCAGCGGGUCGUUCGGGCGAUCGGUGCACCUCGCCCGGGGCGGGCGGGCGCUGGCCGUCGGCGAGGCGGGCACCCCGGACCGGCCUGGCACAGUCACGCUGUACACGCACGCGUACACCGCGGCGCAGCCCGUGGAGGGCGAGUGGACCGCGCGGCACCGGGUGUCCGUCGCGGACGCGGCCAUCGGGGACGCGUUCGGCUCGGCGGUGGCUCUGCGGGGCGACGGUGAGCUGCUGGUGGGCGCCAUGGGCCGUGGCGUGGGAGCCGGCGCGGUCUACUCUUUGUCGGUGGACUUGUGCCCUGGAAGCGCGGCAUCAGCGCCGGGCCCGUGCGGGUGUCCCGAGGAGGCCGACGCGGACGCGGACGGCGUGGCGGGCGCCUGCUACGCCGCCCUUGGCGGGGAGAUCGUGGGCGAAGUGGGCGGGAACGCGCACCUCGGCGACGACGUCUCCGUGCAGGGCACCACCGCUGUCGUCUCUGCGAGCGGCGCGAGCGACGCGCGUGGCGAGGUCGUGGUGCUGUCCCGCGGUGGCGCGAACGGCACGUGGGCCGAGACGCAGCGUCUCUCGGCCCCGGGCGGGCAGCCCGGCGACCGCUUCGGGCACCGCGUUGCGAUGCAGGGCGACGUGCUCGUCGUGAGCGCGUACAAGGCCGACACCGACGGGCUCGCCGACAGCGGGGUGCUGCACGUGUUCCGUCGGCGUGGCGGCCAGAGCCGCUGGAGCUACAGCCGCGAGCUGACGGUGCCGGCUGCCGGCGCUCUGCUGGGCGCAGACCUCGCCAUGGACGGGCGCUUCUUGGUCGCGGGAAUGCCGGGCUGGAGAGGCCGAGGCGCCGCUGCAUUGUGGCACUGGGGCCUGGACGAGACCUGGACGGAAAUGCCGCUGCUUCGCGGCGACGACGAGACCUAUCAGUCGCUCUCGCCGUCCGGGGCGGACUCCCACCCGCAGCUCCCCGAGACGGAGGCGUCAAACUGCGACUGCUACACCGCGGCCUUCCCCUCGGGCUGCCUGUGCCGCCAGCCGUCCUUCGCCGACCACUUUGGCCUUCACGUGGCCAUUAGCGGGGCGUGGAUCGCCGUGGCUGCCCCGGACGACGACGCGGACGGCCCCCAGGGCUACAGGGACAUCAACUUGAACACGGGGUCAGUGAGCCUGUUCUUGCUGCAAACCGAGCAGGGCGAUCCGAGGGGCAGCUGGGUGCGCCGCCAGCGCGUGCGUCACGCCUCCCCGCAGCGGGGUGCGCGGUUCGGAUCGGCGCUGGCCCUGUCGGGUGACGUGCUCGUGGUGGCGGCCCAUGCCUCGCCGCACUUCCUGCAGGGCCGCGGCAGCCUGUCCUUCUACCAGCUCAACCGCGCCACGUUCGUUUUCGAGCUCCAGCGUUCGAUGCAGUCGCCCCUCGACGGCUUCGCCGACGUCUUUGCAAACGGGCUGCGCACGUCGGACGACGGGCGCUUCCUCGCCGUGUCCUCGCUGCGGGACGUCCCCCCGCGCAACGACGUGAACGAUCCGCCCGCAGCCACGGCCUUCCAGAACGGUGUCGGCAUCGUGCAGCUGUUUGAGCGGCCCGGCAGCCCCACGGGGCCCUGGACGCUCCGGGCCGACCUGUCGUCGUUCUCCGCCGGACGCCACAUCAACGAGGGCUUCGGGCACGCGGUGGCCGUGUCGGGCGACGAGGUCUUUGUCGGCGCCCCGGGUGCCCUCGGCGGGAGCGGAGCCCUGCGCGUGUUCCGCACUGACCUGUGCGACGCGGAUGCAACGUCCACGGGCGCGCACUUCGGCAUCUGCGGGGCGCGCACCCUGCGGGACGCGUUCCGAUAUGCGACCCCCCCCCUCCCCGCCUGGGCGUGGGAGGCCCUGGCGGCCCGCGAGCUGGCCGCCCUGGGCGUCCCCGGCGCCCCGCACCUCGACUCCGAGCACCUCGUCGGCAGCGUGACCGCCGUGGGCGGCUCGGUCGCGGCGGUCGGGCCGGACACGGUGUGCGUUCGCGACAUGGAGCUGCGCGGCAACAAGGAGCAGCCGCUGUUCGUGGAUUCGGACGGCAUCUCCCUGUUCCUGCAUGAGUAUUGCUUCACUGAGACAGAGAUCAAGUCGGUUGAGGCGACCGUCGGCGUCGCACAGGACUCGGACCCGCGCCACAAGGUUGCGGGCGGCCAGGUCGUGCGCGUGCGCUUCGCCACCACGGACCCGUGUCCCGCCGUGGGGAGCGGCGCGCCGGCCUCGGUCUCACGCGUCGACGCCUUCGAUCUGUUCUGGCUCCCCGGCGUCUGGGCCAAGGACGGCGUCGAGUUCGGGGGGCAGGGUCGGGGCGCGAACGUGAACAUCAGCCUCUCGUCCCCGGACUUCGCGUCGGCCCGCGUCCGCCCCCUGUGCAGCGGCACGCGCAUGGACGCCUUCGAGGUCCUUGUGUCCGUGUACCAGUCGCCGUACACCAUCCGCACCACCGUCAACUGGGACGCAACGGACGCGAACUCGCCCGGGAUGUCGUUCGCCGCGGAGACGUUCACGUACUCGCACGACACGCGCUACGUGGGCGUCACGGGGCGGAUUGUCGCGGCGGCGUCCGAGAGCCGCACCCUCGGCAGCGCCACCCUCGACGUGGCCAGGCGCACCCCGGCGCCCGCCGGCGACAUGCGGCACGAGGUCAAGUUCUUCGCCACGCAGCUCUACAGCGCCGACCAGGCGGUGGCCAGGGUCGACAGCCUUCAGGACGCGUACUACAAGACGUCAGUGUUUCAUGGCGUCACGUGGCCGUCGCGCGCCAAGGAGCCCGAGGCCUGCGGGUGCAACCCCGCGGCCCCGCCGGAGUGCAACGACGACGACGCGGACGGCCUGACCAACUGCUACGAGAUGCGGUUCCGGCUCCUGCGGGUCGGCGGCUCGCAGCGCGGAGACCACGUGGGACAGACCAUCGUGCGCACGGAGGACACUGUCGCGGUCGCGGUCGCGCGGCGCGACGACGGUAGCCGCGUCCUUAUGGGAGGUGUUGCCGUGUUCAACAGGCUGCUCGAGGCAAACUCCGGGGCAGUGCUCUGGCAGCAAAUGCUGCUGAUCUCCCCACCGGCCGACAUCGCCGGUCAGAACAACACCAUGUUCGGCAAGUCGCUCGCCAUCGCAGGCAGGACACUGACGGUGGGCGCGCACCUCGCUGACGGCCAGGGCGCAGGGGAGGUGGACGUCGGGGCCGUGUACGUCUUUCGGGUUACUCCGGGGGCGUUUACGUCGGAGCAGGUCGCUCGCCUCGCCCCUGAGACGGCGCUGCACCCGGGCUCCCUCUUCGGGACGUCGCUUGCCAUGGCCGACGAGUUCACGAUCGCGGUCGGGGCCCCCGGAGGAGCCACGGGCGCAGGCGCCGUGCACGUGUUUCGGCUUCGAAACGAAACGUGGCGCGAGACGGCGGUGAUCACCGCGACGGACGAGCGGUACAACACCAGCCGCCCAAGGAGCAUCGAACCCGUGCCCGGGCAUCCCGGAAAGCUCCGCCGGAUCAAGGAGAGGGACAACUGCGAGUGCCCGGCGGCCAGCACCGGGGCGCCGUGCAGCUGCGCGCAGGCGUCCGAGGGCGACUCGUUCGGAGCGACCAUGGAGGUGUUUGGGGACACCUUGGUCGUCGCGGCCCCCGGCGAUGACAUGGACGGCCCGGAGGCGUACCUGCCCGAGAACAUGCAGUUCGACGUCGGCUCGGCGUACGUGUUCCUGCGGCAGGCCGAUGGCAACUGGACGCAGCUGCAGAAGCUGCGUGCACCGUUCAACACCGCCCGUCUCCGCUUCGGCCAGGUGGUGGCCCUGCACGGAGACUCGCUCGCGAUCAGUGCCCCGGGCUUCGACGCAAGCCACGUGCUGGACGAGGGCGUGGCGCAGGCUGGGGCCGUGUUCACGUACAGCCGCGCCCCGGGACGCAAGUUUGCUCUCACGGGCACGGUCUUCGUGGAGCGUCCGACGAAGAACUUGUUCUUUGGGGCGUCGAUGACCUUCGGGGACGGCGGCACGCGGCUGCUGAUUGGCGCCCCGGGCGACGGCUUCGCUGCGGGCGCUGUGUACGAGUACGUGCAGCAGGGCGCCGGCUCCUGGGUCCUGCACAAGAAGGUCACGGCCCUGGACAGCCUGCCUGACGACAUGUUCGGAUCCGCGGUCAACAUGCUGGGCGGCACGCUGCUCGCGGGAGCGCGCGGACGCGACUCGCAGCUCGGCGGUGUAUAUGAGUUCAAUAUUGAUCUGUGCCCCAGCAGCCCGAACGCCACCGAGCCUGGUCCAUGCGGCUGCGAAGGCGACGUCGAUCGCGACGGGACCACGGACUGCAUUCGGCCCGUGUCGCUCGCGCCCCUGACGGCCAGUGACGGUGCAGAGGGCGCCUUCUUCGGUCACGCCAUCGACGCCGACGGGGACGUGGCGGCGCUCGCGGCCGCGUGGGCCGAUGACGGACGCGGCCACGUCUAUCUCUUUCAGCGGAACGACACGCACGGUUGGACGGAGACUCGACGGCUCACAGCGCUGGACGGCGCCCCCGGCGACCACUUUGGACACAGCGUCAUCCUCGAUGCGGGUCUGCUCGCCGUCGGCGCUCACACCGCGGCGGUGGGGGGCGAGGCGCACGCUGGAGCCGUCUAUUUGUUCGCAGAGAACGGCACGUGGGCGCAGCAGGCGAAGCUUGCGGCGGCGGUGCCCGUCGCGGGCGCCAAGCUGGGCGUGUCAGUUGCCGCGGCCCACGGGCAGGUGCUUGCGGGCGCCCCCGGGGUGGGAACCUCGGGGCACGUGCACGUGUUUUCCGGAAACACGUCGGUGCCGUCGGGCUGGGCGGAAACGCAGGUGCUGCGUCCCCGUGUCCGCACGUACCAGAGGUGCGGCGGCUUCCCCGAGUCGGACCUCGCGUACGACGGGGGCGAGAACUGCGACUGCUCAGGCAGUGCCGACGGAUCGCUCGGCUGCUGCACCUGCGUGGAGGCCACGCGGGGCGACUCGUUCGGCGCGAAGAUCGCUGCGGAGGACGGGACACUGAUCGCGGCCGCCCCGACGGAGGACCUGGACGGCAGGCAGGGCUACUUCGAUCUGCGCCAAGACUCGGGAGCCCUGUACGUGUUCGCUCUCGGUACCAUCGAGUGGGCGGAGGUGCAACGCCUGCGGCCCUCGAACACGCGCCGUGGAAUGCGUCUGGGCACCGCGCUCGCGCUCUCCGGCGAUUUGCUCGCGGCGCAGGCGUCGGCGCACGCCACGGGCGACGCCGUCGUCUACGUCUUCAGGCGUGAUCACACCGCGGCGUGGACGGAGGCGGGUGUACUGCUCGCCGACGCUGGCGCCCCAGGCGUCAAGGCUGGCGGUGCGCUCCUGUUUGUCCCUGGCACCGCGGGCGACCUCCUCGUGGGUGCGCCGGCGUCCAAGGGCCGACUCGGGUCGCUGGCCGUGUACGGGGAGGACGAGGACGAUGCUCGCUCCUGGGUUCGCAAGUCCGAGGUCAACGUCGCAGGGCUCGGGGCGGAAGACCGCCUCGGGUCGGCCAUCGCCACGGCGGGCGCUGGGUUCCUGGUGGGCGCCGCGACGCGCGGCGGGGGCAAGGGCGGGGUCUUCGAGUUCACUGUGGACCUGUGCCCCAGUAACCCGUAUCUGGAUGCACCGGGACCGUGCGGCUGCGGCGGCGACGUGGACCGCGACGGGGUGUUGGACUGCCUGGAUUUCGUCGGCGGCGCGGUGGCCGCCAGCGACGGCACCGCCAGCAACUCGUUCGGGUCCACAGUUGCGAUUGCGGGCGACAGCUUCGCUGCCGUGGGCGCCCGCGAGGCCGACGACGAACGCGGGUCGGACACAGGUGCUGUGUACUUGUACCGGAGGGCGCAAGGCGUCGCGCACGGGAACUGGACCGAACUGCAGCGGUUGCGUGCUGCAGAUGGCUUCGCCGGGGACCGUUUCGGCUCUGCCUUGGCAGCCGAGGGUGGCACCGUCGUCGUUGGCGCCCCGCAGCAUGCAGCUGGACUCGGUGCCGCCUACGUUUUCGACGCGCAGGCCGACGGAACGUGGAUCCAGUCCCGGAAGCUUUCGCCCGCUGCUGGGAUGUCCCGGUUCGGUUCCAGCAUGGCCAUGAAGAGCGGCGUUGCUGCCGUCGGCGCUCCCGGCGCCGCGAGCGACACGGGCAAGGUGACGGUGUACUCGACCGCGUACGACGCGGCCUCGGCGUGGAGCGUCGUCGAGGUGCUAUCUACGAACGAGCUCGAUGACUUCGGUGCGUCCGUGGCCCUGAGCGACGGCGUGCUCGCCGUCGGGGCGCCGCGCAAGAGCCCGACGAUGCUGGCCAGCGGAACCGUCCAGCUCUACUGGGCGGGUCCGGCCGGGCCGUGGAGCCUCAACCAGAACAUCUCGUCGAGUAACUACCGCCCCCGCUUCGGCGCGACGGUUGCGCUCGCUCACGACUUCCUGGCCUCGAGUGACGCCGGCACCGUGGACGGCCAGCCUCCCCUGGUGUACGUCUUCUGGCGCGCUCCCGGCUCGGCGACGUUUGCAUUUCAGCAGCGGCUGAACUCGGCAACAACGGCACUGGAUGGCUUCGGGAGCGCGCUUGCGUUCAAUGUCGGCCGCAGGGUCGCCACCCUGGCGGUCGGAAACGUCCCCGGGCGCCGGGGUGAGGGCUCACUGACGCUCUUUGCGCGCACAGGACCGUCCUGGACCAUCACGCGCACCGUUGGGCUCGCCGAUGUGCCGCCGGGCGCUCCUGUCCCGACGAGCCUCGGCAGCUCAGUCGCCCUUGGGGGGAACUUCGUGGUCUUCGGUGCAUCCGGCGACGGGCUCUCGACCGGCGCCGUCGUGGAGAUGGCAGUCGACUCGUGUCCGAACAACCCAGCUCUGGUUGUCCCGGGCCCCUGUGGGUGCGACGGCGACCGCGACAACGACGGCAUGCUGGACUGCCUGGCCGCAACGGGCCGGUCCAUCGGGGCCGGCGACGCGGGCGCGGCGACGAACUUCGGCUCAUCGGUCGCCGUCGACAUCUUGGACGCUGCGGUGGGGGCGAGCGGCUACGACACCGCCAACGCAGACGACACGGGUGCCGUGUUCAUGUAUGCGCGCGACCCCACCUCUGGCUCGGGGGACUGGGCCGCCGUGCAGCGUCUGAUGGCCUCUGACGGAGCCCCGGGGGACGCGUAUGGAAGUGCACUCGCGAUCGAGUCGGGGGUCUUGGUCGUGGGUGCCAAGAAUGCGGCGUCGACGGCCGGCGCGGUGUACGUCUGCCAGCGUCAGACUGACGGCUCCUGGCUCGAGAUCCAGAAGCUGUCCGAGUCGUCGCCCGUCGCCGGGUCCCAGAUGGGGUCCGCAGUGGCGGUCGCCGAGACUGUCGUCUACGUCGGCGCGCCGUCGGCGGGGACGGGGACCGUGCUCGUGUUCACGGGGGAGCUCGGCGCCCAGACACAGGCCCAGACGGUCACCGCUUCCGACGGGGCUUCGGGCGACCGAUUCGGGCACACUGUGGUCAUAAGUGUGGGCAGGCUGCUUAUCGGCGCGCCCGGGUGGGGCUCUGGCGUGGGCAAGGUGUACCUGUUUGAGGCGCAGAGUGACGGCACGUUCGUCGAGUCCGCCACGAUCCAGGCGGCAGUACCGCUCGCAGGCGCGCAGUUCGGCGCGGCGGUGGCAGCUGUGGACAACCUGGUGGCCGUGUCGGCCCCUGGGACGCGGGCGACGGCGCCGUGGUCGGGGCCGGGAUCGGUGCACGUCUUCCGCAGGACUGUGUCGGGUUUCCAGAACACCACCGUCCUGACGACGUCGCGCCCACGAGGCUCCGUUCUUUUCGGGGGAGACCUGGCCUUCAUCAAGUCCUCGGUGAUCUCGCUGGCCGUCACGGAGACCCACGCAGAAGCUCCUGCUGCGGCGCAAGCCGUCGACGUCCUCAGCUUCGAGCUCACCGCCGACGGCGACGUCUCCAAGGCUGGAGCCUUGCAGCCAGCCAUCGAGGGAGUCGGGGCCGACGCGACGGCCGUGCGGCUCUCGAGCAGCGGGGAUAGCAUGCUCGCUGCGACCACGAGGUCGGGGGCGGCUGGGCAGGUGUCGGAACUCCAGAUCGAUCUCUGUCCUUCGAAUCCGCGUCUCACGGUCCCGGGGCCAUGCGGCUGCGACGACGACGCCGACAAGGACGGCACGCCCGAUUGUCUGAGCCCGACGACCGCGGUGAUCUCGUACCCCGACGCCGCCGCCGGCAUCGCCGGAGGGUUCGCUUCCGGUGCCAUCGCACUCGACGGGGGCGAUGCCGCGGUUGUGUCUCUCGCGAACGGCACGGUCGACAUGUUCCGGCGGUCGGGCGCGUCAUGGCAUGCGGCGCAGCGCAUCAGCGUCGGGGCGUCGCCCGCGGUGGACGCGUUCGGAAGCGCGCUAUCCAUCCGGGACGGGUUCAUGGCAGUGGGCGCGAAGUAUGCCGCGGCCAGCGGCGCGGCGUACGUCUACAGCCGCAUCAGCAACGGCACCUUCCUGCAGCAGGCCCAGCUCGCCGCCCAGGCGCCGGCCCCCGGCGACCAGUUCGGAGCGGCGGUGGCUGUGGACAAUUUCGUCGUUGCCGUCGGCUCCCCCGGGGCGGCGUCGGGGGCCGGUGCUGUGUCGUGGUUCCGGCAGACCCCCGGCGCGGGCUUCAGCGCCGAGGCGCGGCUCGCGCCCGCCGCCCUCGCCGCGGGCGAUGCGUUCGGCUCGCAGAUCGCGCUGCGGGACGGGCUCCUCGCGGUGUCUGCACCGGCUCGGGCGUCGGGCGCAGGGGCCGUGUACAUCUUCUUGGCUUCUGGCAACGCCUUUGUCGAGACGCAGAUCCUCACGCCGAUGACCACGGACGCAAACCAGCACUUCGGGACCGCCCUGUCACUGUCCGGCGGCAUCCUCGCCGUUGGCGCGUGCUGCGGGGUCAACCGCCGGGCGUACGUGUUUGCGCCACUGCCGGAUGGCUCCCUGGCCCAGGAAGCCGUCCUGUCGCCGAAGACGCAGUCCGCAGGGUACAUGUUCGGGUCGGCCGUCGCGCUCACGGAGUCGGGCCACGGUCUCUACGUGGCGGCGCGGGGCGACCCGAGCGGCGGGGCGGGCGACGUGCAGGUGUUCUCGAGGUCCCUCGCGGGCGCGUGGUCGCAGGAAUACUCCUUCGAGGAGCAGGUGCUGCCGUCGGACAGGUUUGCAAGCGCCAUGGCUGUCGACCGCGACGAGGUCAUGAUUGCCGUUGCGGCACGGGGGGAGGUGUUCAGCUACCGCGUCGAUGCGUGCCCGACCAACCCGGGCAAGCAGCACGCGGGCACCUGCGGCUGCCCGGCCGACGACACCGUCGAUGAGUUCACCGGGAUGGUCGAGUGCAAAUCGUGCCCCGUCGGAGGCUCCGCCGGCACCGGGUGCAUCCACCGCGGCAACUCUCUCUAUCGGCUCGUGGACGCGCCGGGCCUCAGCAAGCGCAUCUUCUCCAAUCAGAUCGGCCUCCCACUCGCGUUCACGACGACGUGCUUCGAUCCGUCGUUCAACGGGUAUCGGUCCUACUUCCGUAAGUACGACGACUGGUUCCCCACCAUUGGCCCCCCGCUGACCGACGGCGUCAACGACCUGCUCGCCUGCGCUGCUGCGAUGCCGAACGUGCACGUCUGGGGGCCCCUGACGACGGAGGAGCAGCCGCUGGUGUCCGCUGACCGUACCUUCUCGGAGCUGGCGAGCCUGCCCGCCGGGGCGCGCAACUUCUUCCUCUUGCACCCCGGGACGAUUGUUGAGCUUUUCGACAGGCCCGGGUUCCGGGGCGCGUCCGUGAAGCUCCAGAACAACGACCCGGAGAGGGCCGAGCGGUACACAUGCGAGCCUGGGGACGCGUGCGUGGAGGGCUGGACAGACGGGUCGGGCCGCGCCGCGUCGAUGCGGGUCUACGGGGUUCCGCAGACGCACGUGCGCGACUUUUUCACGUCGAGCGAGCCGGACCCGUACGUCAAGCUCUACACCGACGACUUCGCGUUCGAGCUGGGCGACUUGACGGGCGUGGGCGCGGUCAAUAACCUCGUGCCGAGCUCGGCGACGGCCUUCGUCGUCGGGCCAUGGUCCGAGGUGCACUUCGUCCAGGACUCGAACGCAGCCCUCGAGCCCGGGCCGCCCACCAACCGUCACUACGUGGUCUCGAACCCCUCCCCAAACCUGCUGCCCGUCACGACGGGCACAGUGUUCGCCGACAUCGCGGAGAUCACGGUCGUCCGCAGCACCCCGGGGUGGAGCUCGUACUUCCCGCUCCAGGACGGCACGUUCAGCGGAGAGGGCUUCCACUCGGAUGUUGUCGAGGACUACUACCUGACGUCGGGGCUGGAGGCCGGCGGCACCACGGCGCUCGGGAUCAGCACGCGCAUCGCCAUGCGCCAGUUCACCAUCCAGGCCGACCUGCUCCAGCUCGCUGACGCCGACCUGCGCGCCAGCCCGGAGCUCCACGACCGCAUCCGCCGCUCGAUGAAUUCAAUCUUCCAGUACCUUGUCCCGGAGGCGGGCGCGACCACGUCGCAGAACUCGGACACCAUCGACCUCCCGAGCCCCAGCGGGACCGUCCCGGUCGUCAUCGACAAGCCGGGAUUCAUGCAGGAGGUGGACUACAAGCUCAAGUACGAGCCGAGUCCGUACUGGUGGGCGGAGGUGGACCUGCGCCACAAGUUCGGGCUCGCCGCGAAGGAGCAGGGCAUCUGCGGGUCGCUGCUGUCGCCGACGCGCGGGGUUUACUUCUACCCGCGGGAGCAGGGCAAGCCCGCGCUGCUCGGGGUCUUUUUCCCGCUGAACUCAUACACCAUAAUCCCGACGCUGUGGGAGGACGCCGUGAAGACCGUCAAGUUCCGCUGCCAGGGUUUGACCGCCGUGGGCGCCGAGGUCGGCUUCCCGGACGGCAUCCGGGUCGACCUUGGCUCGCAGUUUGGGAAGCUCGUCGUGGCGGACGCCCGGAUCGUGCUCAGCCUGGCAGCGUUCCUCGCGGAGCGUCCGGCGACCAUCGUCGGGUCGAUCCUGGGCUUCCGCGUGGAGAUCGACUUCUACAUCCACACAGGGGAGUACACGCGCGUCGAGAUCUUCAGCAUCGACGACUACCGCGUCACCGUGGGCGAGGUCGUGGCCGCAAUGCCCGACUCGCCCUUCGCCAAGGUUGUGCACCAGUCCGGCGUGCCAGGAGUCCCGGACGGCAACACGGACAUGUACAACUAUGAGAUGUACGCCGUCAGGCUGAUCCACGGCGCGACCGAGCUGCUGGCUCCGUUCAACCUGACGGCAAACUUCACCCGGCCCGUCGGCGCCCACGAGUCCCUGGCGCUGCCGAUCGAGAGGCGCUCGCACGCCGCGUUCUUCGUGAACAAGAACGACGGCAGCAUUGUCCGCAUCGCACACAUCCACAUCGGCACCACCGUGGAAGGCGUGGCCUCGUUCAACGCCACGGGCAAGCCGUGCGAUCUGGCGGUGCAGCUGUCCAGCUCCAUCGACUUCGCGGCGAACCAGACCUUCCCGCAGGGAGGCCGCAUGGUCGGCACCGCCCUCACGCGCUGCACGGAAGUCCAGACCGGCUGGGUCGGCGAGCCCUGGAUCCGCGACAUCGAGGUGCAAGCAUCUUACCCGACGGUCGUGGGAAUCACGAUGAGGCUGCCCGUGCUGGAGACAGACGGCCUGGUGGAGGUAAACAUCCGCACGUCGGACGUGCUUUUCGAGACGGUCGGCAUCCUUUGCACGGACUACACCACCGCGACGGGCUGCAACGUGCGCCUGGAGUUCGGGACCUCGGGCCCCAUGACCGCGCUGGCGCUGUCGACCGUGUACAUCUUCACGCCCCCGGAGUUGAUCGGGACCGUUGUUGACGGCGCACUGCUGUUCAGCCUCGUCCGCGACGCGCCGCAGCUCUACGAGAUCUUCACGGAGAUCGCGCUGCCCGGGAUUCCGAAGGGUGCUUCCACGGCCGUGGACGUCGCCUUCUUCAACGCAACGCAGUUCGGGGCCAGGCCGGGAUCGGCGCUCGUGGACUACACGCUGCCCGCGUCGCGGGGAGACAUGAUGCUCACGGCCAGCGUCGAGACGGCGCGCAUCCACGGCACCUUUGACAGCUACCUGGGCUUUACGCAGCUGAGUGCAUCCUUCAGCUCUCCCACCUUCCUGCGGGCUACGGCGUCGAUCGAGAGCCCCUGCGUGCAGCACAACAGCACCGCGGUCGACCUCGACAUCCGCAACCUCCCCUGGGCGGAGUGUCUACGGGUCACCCUAGGCGGGGCCUGCCAGCAGCCAUCUUCGAACACGGGCAUCCUGGUUCCCGGGCGCGCCGUGCUGCAGUGCGACGGCCGCAGCGUCGAAGACAUUCGGCUGGAGGCGACCAUCGCCGCUGUGCGGGUCGUGACAGGCCCCGCGGGGGCGCCGGCUCCGCUGGUGCAGGGCGUCCUCGAGGCGGCGAACGCCCAGCUGGACUAUUCGCAGGCGCAGCAGCUGUUCCGCAUCUCUGGUCCCGUCGCCUCCGCCGUCCUCCCUGGCCUCGAGGUGGAGUACAGGGUCUCCCUGGGGCGGAUCUCAGAGGCCAACUUUGUGCUCGAGCCGGGGGCGCCGACGAAGCGCGCACUGGAAACGCAGGGGUCGGUGUUCGACCGGCCUUCCGAGGACACUCCUCGGAUCGGCUCUCCGAUGCACACUGUUGCACAGCUCGACGAGGGCUUGGGCGGCGGGCUCACCGAGGCCCUGUGCAUGCACGGCGUGCCCGAGCUCGGCAUCGCGCCCCUGGACACGUCCUCCACGAUUUACCAGUCAACGGUAGACGAGCUGUGCGCUGAGGCGCGGUCGGUGCUGCUCUACAAUCCCCGAGUUGAGAUUCUUCGGUCGGUCGCGAACAGCUUCGCGCGUGUGCGCAUUAGCGGCCAUGCCGUCGCCUCUUCUGCGCGGCGUGCUCGCGCGCUGGCUUACAUGACUGGGACCGUGGCUAUCGACGCCCGCAUGGAGCACGUGGGGCGCUACAGGUCUUUCCAGACGACGGGAUCAGGAACCAUCCAGCGGUACGACUUCAGGCCGUUCGACGUGUCCACGUUCGCCAUCCAGCCGCUCAGUGACUUCUGGGCGCAAGCAAGCAUCACCGGAAGCACACGCAUGUCGUCUUUGGGGCUCGCGGUGCUUGGAGCCACGAGCUGCCUGGACGCGAACGACGCCCCGAAGCCUUCCUGCCAGUAUCCAGCUUCACUGCUGGAGCACGACAUUUGCACGGCCGGUGACAUUUCCGUGGCGGCCGCUCUCCCUCUGUCAAGCAUGCUGGAACACCCAGCCUCGCCGCCGUCCAUGGACGCCACCGGCUUCGCCGCGCUUCGUUGCACGAACUUCCGGAUCGUCGACCUGGCCGUCGAGCUCGACGUCUCCGUCGCCCCGGGUGCAGUGGAAUGGACGGGACUGGUCGGACGCAACAACGUCUCUGGGCUCGUCUGGGACAGCAUCGUCGUGGACGGCGCCGGCAACGGGGUCGAACUUCGCGGUCACGUCCUGGGGGACGCCGGAACGACCGACGUCUUGGAGGCCUUUGGUACGAUCGACGUCGCCGACGGCACGUACGUGCGCGGGCCGCCGCCGAGCAAGAGCAAGCUGUCGAUCAGCCUGCCGCACAUCUCGCACUCCCACCUGGUCGGCAGCUCACGCUCCGCCGCUGCCGUGGACGUGUCGAGCCUGCCAAGGUCCGUCCGCACCGUGCUUGGCAAACUCCCAGUUCCCGGCGUCAACUUCACGGCGGCGGAGACGGCGGGCGACAGGAUCGACGUACUGGAGAUGGUGCUCACUCUGCCCGAAGCUGGAGAGCCCCUUGCGCCGGUGUACGUGGCCCUGAACACCAGCGGCCCCGGCGUCAGCGGUCCGAAUGCUAGCAGCAAUGGGACAGUCGUCAACGCCACAGCCGCUUCUCUGGAGUCCAUCUGCGCCAACGCGUCGGUGUCGCUCUCCGGUCCGCCGGCCAACGCGAGCUGCGCGCUGUCCUGCCCAGUCGCUGUGGAGAACAUCCGGGUGCAGAACGUGACGAGUUUGUCUGCAGCUCCGAAUGCGGACAUGGCCGCUGCCGCGUCCUCUGGCGACUACGUGGGCAUGGCAUUCCUCGCGGAGGGCUUCACAUGCGGUCGCGCUGUCAACACGGGCAAGCUGUCGCUGUGGAACCUGCCGCUCGGCAUCCACGUGGUGUCACCGGAUAGUGCGGUGCACUACCCGACGACCGUGGAGGGCAGCCCUCGCGACCCGCUCCUGCCCCGGCCGUGGGCCGCGAUGAACGUCAAGGCAACGAACGUCGUGGUUUCCUGCGAGGCCGGCGGUACCGAAAACGACGCGUCGAUUGUCGCAGAGCUCGGCACCAUCGCGUUUGAAACCGUCGCCCUGGGGCGUGUCCGCAUCACGAGGGCCACAGCAUAUGUUGCGGGCGCCAGCCUGAGGAUCCAGGGGACGGUCGGUGGCUUCGACGCCGUCAUCGAGCUUCCUCUCGUCAAGACAAGCAACUCGACGAGCAUUCAGCUCACGCGCCGGGAGUCUGAGAGCCCCAUCAACCUCGGGGAGCUCAUUGAUGCCAGCGUGCCCGAGUUCAGGCGGCUCGUCGCUUCGGCGGGCAUCCCCGGCCUCGUCCCGGCGGGCCAGGGUAUGUCUGCCGCAAACAACGUCACGGUGUGGGAGCUGAAGGUGGGCCUGGGCGCGGACACGAGCGUCACUGAGGCCCGAGGCGUGGGGUCGGCCGCGGCGUUCGGCAACACAGACGACGGGUCUCUGUACGGUUGGACCCGCGGCGGUGGCGGCGGAAGCUUCCACGCCAAGUUCGACGUCGACGUCGCGUCGAUGACCGCGUUGGGAGCAGAGUUUGCUGGCCAGUCGGUCCAGGCCGUGCAGGCGACCCUGGCCGCCCGCGAUGGGGCCCCGAUCAGCAUGCCGCCAUCAAACGAGACCGUCCCAACAUGGACCGGACACGACACGGUGGUGUUCAACGGGACGAGGUGGUCGUUCGACGGAACCACCUGGGCCGAGUCGUCCGCUGCGCCCGAGGCGUGGCUUGAGUACGACUUCGCCGUGGAAAUGUGGCGAUGGCGGUCGAGCCUGGGAGCUGCGAUUUCGGAGUUCCCCCCAUCAACUCUGUUUCAGCUCCACUGGUCGUCUUACUGGCGUCUUGCACUGGUGCGCGCGUCCGUUGAGCCCCCCCCGGCCGCGACCUCUGUCAGCGUCGUCACGUUCGUCACGGUGUCGUCGACGCGCUACCUGCAGCGCCCGGGCGUCGACCUCAUCUUCACGACCUCGGGCGAUGCCUGCGUGCUGGGCGGGCACCAACCUGUGGCGGGAAGCGUCAUCGGGCCGGUCGCGUCGACGAACGGAUCGACCGUGGUGACGGGGUACCCCGCAUCGAUGUCCGUUUUGGGCAGGGCCAACAUCACGCUUGACCCGUUGACCGCGCGCGCCACAGUCACGUGCAACAACCUGACCGUCGUCGGCUUCAACGUCUCGGUCCCUUCGCUGCUCGGGGAGCUCAAGUGGCGCUUGCCAGUGCACGACCUGAACAUCACGCUCGUGUCGCCGUCGCUGCGCGCCGUGGCGAGCACCUCGGACAGCCAGGUGCAGCUCGGGGGCGGCCUCAGCGGCACUGCCUACUCCGGGACACUCACGUACGCGUCCGGGAGUCUCAACGCCCCGGUUUUGCGCCUCCGGGCGAACAGAACGACCCUCGAGGAAGCCACCCAGCUCUUCGCCUCGGUCGACGGCGGGGCGCUGAGGAGCGCCGUGCUGGCCGCUGGCAUCCCGGAUCUCAUGCACGCAGCCAACGACACGACCCCCCUCAGCCACUUCAGCCUGAUCCUGUCGAACACGGAGCUCAGUGCAAGGUGGCUCGGGAACGUCGUGCUCGAGACGGCCGUCGCGCACGUGGACCUCACCGUCGCGGCCCGCAGCAACCUCACCUCCCAGGCGUACAUGAACGUCGCACUCUCGAGCGGACCUGCGACGAUCACUCGCCUGUACGUUGGGCUGUGGCGUGGAGCGGACUUGCCAUCCGACGUGCCCACUGCUGCCGGCAGGGGCAUCGGCGAGUUUGAUGUUCCCGCCGGAGUGCCAGCGAACGUGUCGUACGUCCUGACGGCCGUGUCGGCAGACCUGCCCUGCGACAGUGCCAGCACGAUCCACUCGAAACUCGUGAUCGGGGGCCCUGCGCUUGUCCCGGAGCACAUCGGAGACGUCACCGCGGCGGGCGCGGCCUCCACGCUGCUCUGCGCGGGCGGCAGGCCCAGCUCCGUGAAUUUCGCGGCAUCUGCCGCACAGCUUGCUCUCCGAUCCGGCCCCGAGGACCUAGAGGUCUUCUCUGCGGCGUUCGAGGCUGGCUGGGUUGACGGGGAUGUGCUCAUGCGCGGGGCAUUCCGCGCGCUCGGCGCCUCCGGAAUCACGCUCGCGGGCAACACGACGUUCAACAUGGCGACGCCUGGCGGCGCGAAGCACACCGUCGACGUCGGAGCUGGCCUGGUGGGCGAUGUGUUGUGUUCCUUCCCUAGCCUGGGUGGGGCACUUUACGCGCACGGCGUCCCGGGAGCGCUGGCCCCGGCCGACGGACAGGGGUAUGUCUCGGCCGGCAGGUUGGGCGCGGGGGUCGCGUCGGCCAGCGGGCGAGCGGCCGCCGUCCGCAUGACGAUGGUUUCGACGGUUGCGUCGGGCACCAUCGACCUCCGCGUUCCGGCGCAGAGCUCGUCCGGCACCCAGCUCGAGGACCUGCAUGUGGCCUUCGAACGAAGCGGAGGCGCAUCUCUCGCCGGCAGCAGCAUCGCCGUGGGCUCGGGCUGCCGGGUGGACGCGGGCGAGUGGCACAUGACCGAGUUCCUCUCCCAGCCUGACGUUGACUUCACGAUCGCGUGGGGCCUGCCGAACGCAACGUGCUGGUACUCUCCGGAGCCGGCAGACAUCUUGGCGCGCGGCUCAUUGUCGGGGCUGCCCGCGCCGCUGUACAACGCCAGUCUGACCAACGCAUCGCUGUCCGCGGUCUGCGCUGAUGGCAGGAUGUCGUCCUUCUUCGCCGACGAUCAGCUCCCGGCGGUUGUGUGGCCAGUUCCUGGUUCGACGGCCAACGUCACGCUGCCGACACCGACCGCGCGCUUCCAACACCCAGCGUCUUCGCUGACGUUGCUCGACACCAUCGCUGGGAGUGGCGGCCUGACAGGAGCGCGCGCCACGGUAACGAUCGCACAGACCACACAGCCCGACCUCGAGCUGUUCGCCCCCGUGGACGGCGCCCGGCCGCUCGGCUUCGACGUCGCGACAGCGCUCCCGGCCUCCUUCGUCCCGGAGCUGGCUGCCGCUCUGCAGUCGACGGCCCUGACCGGUGGCGCCGCAGCGGGGGCGGCCACCCGCAUUUACGGCAACAUCUCUGUGGCAAGUGGGCAGUCGAUGCUCGAGGUCUCACUGGGCCACCCGUCCGGCAGCGGCUUGGACCUCAUCCUCGUCGCCGCGGGGGGCGCGGUGACCGAGUUCGAGGUCGCACUCGUGCGAUCGACGGCGACGAUUGCGUUUGCGGCCUCGGCGGGGCUCGUCGACCGCGUGAACGAGACGUGCGCGGCGGGCAACGUGACUGCGCGCAUGUCACAGUACAGGGCGUGGCUUCGCACGGGUGACGGCGCGCGGGACAGCGGCGCGCCGCUCGCUGGCGGCCCGUGGACCGCUGGUGUCUCGGCGGGCGUCGUAGGUCACGUGGAGUACGUCGCACGGCUGAGCAGCAGCAACAUCAGCGCCGCGUGUGCUGGGGCGGCGACGGGGAGCUGGCUGUCUCGCACCAGCGCGGGGACAAUCACCGCUCCCGUGUCGGGUGGACUUGUGUGCGCACCGGCGGGGUCAAUCCUGUCGCUCUUCGCCAACGUUUCGGACACCACCGCUGCCGUGCUGUCGCAUGCAGUGUUGGGCACGGUCCACGUCUCCGUCGUCGACGGCUCGUUCACCGCCGUUCUGGGGACGCCAUCGGAAGGUUCUGAAGAGGUUUCGAGUGCCGAAAUGCUCGUGUCGGCCCCAGGGACGCCGUUCAGCGGCGUCCUGAGUCUGUCAUACCAGCCUGCGCUGUCCGAGGAGAGGCUCCACCUCGCGCUGUCCGACGGCGCGCUCACGACGGACGCGGGCCUGGCGCUCGCGCCGCUCAUUCUGUCCGUGGCCCCCACGGGCGCGCUGUUCAAAGUGUUCCCCAACAGUGCUGUUGGAGGGUCCCCACCGGGAGCCGAGACCUUUGUCUUCGGCAACACGACUCUCGACGUGGACCUCCGUUCCCACGCCUUGCGGAUGUCGUCCGUGCUCCAGGGCCAGAACGCCACGAACACAUCGUCCGUCACGGCCCGCCUCUCCUCCUCAAUGCACAUUGCGCUCCCACCGCGAUCGGCAGCAGACGCGUCGUGCGGUGGCUUCGUCGGGCCCGAGAUACCAGCGCCCGCGAUCAGCGAUCUUCUGACCUCUUCCGGCCUGGCCGCGGCCAUCGCGCGCUUCAACGUCGAUGCAUCGUCCGUCGCGCUCGAGCGCAGGGACGCAGCGGGGCGCGCGGUCCGGAUGACGAGGAGCGGGCGGUACGUGUGUAGCGCGGAUGAGACGGUGAACUCGACAAUCUCCGUGGAUCUGCCGCCUAUCAUCAGCGGGCUCGAGACGGACGGCGCCUGGGACUUGGACUGCUCGUUUGCUGGCGACCACAUGCCGUCUAUCCAGCCGCACGUCGGCAACAUUUCGACGUAUCUUGGAGCUUUCGGAGACCAGAGCAUCGCUGACGCGAUGCUGGAGGUUUCUCCGUUCCUCGACAGCGUGGUGAUCGGCGGGACGCUGGCCAAUGUUGGGCAGCUCAACGCGACGGUGGCGGCCCUCCUCGACGGCCCGGCGACCCGCGUGACGAUCGCAUCCUCGCCGGACGUGUCCACGUCCUUCUCCUCGGUGGUGUCCGGCACCGCGGGCACGGCCUUCUCUCGCAGCGUCCUGGACGUCGUCCUGAGCCCUGUGGGCACGUCUGCGCUCUUUGCUGACGGCGUCACGAACCUGACGCUGGGCACCGACGUCGCAUCCGGCGCGAACAUGACGUUCGACAUCGCGGGCACCUUCGACGUCCCGGUGCUGGGCGCGACGACGUUCGCAGCCAAGGUUGCGACGGACCUCGCGACUCGAGGGCAGUCGGUUCAGUUCGGCUCGCAGAUCGACAGUCUGGAGGUCUCGGUGGAGGCUCGCAACGGCACCGUCGUCGGGUUCCAGCUGUCUGCGUCUCGCCCGUGCGCGACCGGGGUCGCGCUCGGGUCGGUCACGCUGGUGGGGGUGCCGGGGCUGCAGGAUCGCUUCCACGCCCUGACUCCCGCCUCCAUCGGCGUGCAGUGCAGUCCGGGGGGUCGCGUCGUGGGCUUCUCUGGACUGAGGAACGCGACUUCGCAGGCGCCGUUCCGCCUCGUGUCCGUUGACGUCCCACAGGGAAGCGGGACAUUGCCGCGCCUCAACCCCGAAGUCGACCUGACCAUUCGCGACAAGGUCGCGACGCUUUCGUUCCAGAACGAGGACCCGGGAGUGAUGAAGAUGCGCGCCGACGUCGACCGCGGCCUCCUGCCCAUCGGCCUCGAGUUUGCACUGCCUCCGAACGUGACGCAGACGCUCUCCGAGAUCGGCGCCAGCAGCGGGUUCCAAGAGCUCGGGGCAGCGAUCGCAGCGGUCGGUGUCCCGGGCAUCCCGCAAUCCGUGUCCCGAGACGAUGUCCUCGUGCGGAGGAUCUCCGUUGAGGUGUCGCAAUUCGGAGCGUUGACGCUGCGCGGCAUCUGCACCAUCAACUCGACGAGAGACGCGACGAUGACCUUCUUGGCCGCUCCCAACACCACGCUGGACGUCGAGGUUGAAUACGGCGCGAGCUUCGACGCUGCAACGCUGAGCCUGGUCACGACGCUUGCGUGGGUUGACCUGAGCGCCGCGGUGCGGCACCCCGUGACCGGUAGCGAGCUCGCGAGCGUCCAACUGCGCGGUUCGGACCCUUGCAACGCGACGAGCGCGGUCGGCGGCGUGCUGGUUGCUUACCUGGUGGCGGAAGAUGCACCUGCUGGUCCCCGCCUGCAGUCGGCUGGCGCGGGCGUCGUUUCUUGCCGCAAUGGCAGCCUCGAGGACUUCACGAUCGAGUCGUCUGCGGAAAACGCUGCGCUUGUUGCAGGUGACCUCGGCGUCGUUGAGGUGACGAAUCUGGCGGGCGUCUUUGUGUAUGCGGACCGCAGCCUGACGGUGUCGGCGCGGGCUGGACUGAUGGAGGCCUCGACCGCGUUUGACGUCACGGAGCUCGCCGGAUGGACACGGACGUUGCGGCUGACUGCGACGCGCCCUGCGGCGCUCACCCUGGGCGAGCUCGGCGACGCGCUCACGGUGGGCACCGGCGGGUUCGGCAGCGCCCUUUUGACGGCUGUGCAAAAUGUCGGGAUCCCCGGCGCUCCGUACUGCACCUCUCAGGCGUGCAUCGGGGCCGCGACGGUCUCCUCCCCAGACAUCGACAUUGCAGGACAGGUCUUCAACAUUUCGCUGCAGCAAGUUGAGACGCAAAGCUCGACAUGCGCCACUACCAGCACCAUCGUCAUGGAAGUGGAAGUUGCCCCGCACAACGGCCUGGCGUCGAUCGAGCACCUGACCCUGCAGCUGUCCUCAGGCGAUGUCUUCACGAUUGCUUUCGAGGGAUCCAGGCCCUGCGACGGCGCCCUGAACGUCACUGGCGGGGCUUUUGUAUCUCCGCUUGCGGACUCCGGAUCGAUCACGGCCGGGACAUCGACCGUCGAGGUCGGGUGCACCGGCAGUGCAAUCUCAUCUCUGCGGGUCGUGGACGUGCGGGCGACGUUCGCUUCCGGUUCUCCCGUCCGGAUCGACACGAACACGUCGGGCACUCUCUACGCUACCGAUCCGACGCUCACGCUGGAGUGCGGCAGCGGGGGUGUAGACUUGUUGUCGAUCAACGGCACUGCAGUCUACAGCGGCGGCGCGGCUGCUGGCGCCGUCAUCGUCGCGCUCUCCUACCCGCUGACGAACCCUGCGGUGCCAUCGAUCGCACUCGCGUCGCAAGGAAGCGCUCCCCCGGGACUGUCUGUGCUGCAGCUCGUGGACCUGUUCCACUCCCCGGCUUUGUACGAGGCAGUGCUAGCGUUCGGCAUCCCAGGAGUCGCAGCAGCGCAGGACCUCGCGGCCAUCGCGCGCACGCAGAUGGCGAGCGUUGACACGACGAUCGACCCCGUUGCGCGGACGAUGCGCCUGGCCGGCGUCGGCGUGGCCAGCGUAGCAGACGUCUCAUACGACAUGCCCUUUGCCAUAACGGUCAAAGCUGGCUCCGGGCAGCUCGAGCUGCAGGCCGGCGGUGUGCGCGUGCUGGGGCUCGCGGACCCGGCGUACACGCUCAAACUGGCCGUGAAGGGAAGCCUGCCCUGCUCCACCGCCGUGCCCCUCCCGGGCGUGCAGUACCGGCAGGGCAACUUCCCCGUACAGGCGGUCCAGAUUCUCGACGGGCCGCCAGCCGUGGGACGGCCGCGGAAUGACCAGGCGAUCCCGGACCUGACGCUCCAGGACUACCAGGUCUCGUCGCUGUGCGGCGACAUGCUCACUGGUGACGACGACUGCAGUGUCGGCACGGCGUCGUUCGUGUGCAUGAACGGCAGCCCCAUCGACGCGGAGCUGUCGUUCGACUUCAACACCACGGCGCCCAAGAACGGGCCUCCGGGGCUGCGGGCACACACCACCUGGUCGCCCAACGUCCCCGGCAUCGGCUCGAUCGGUCCCCUGCUGUCCCCACGUGGCGCCCUCAACGUCUCGGGGGGUACGCUUGUGGUCACUGGGCCGCUUCCGGCCGUCAAUGGCGUCCAGCUGGAGGCCGCCGUCACCACCAACAUGGUCGACUCGUCUGCAGGCCCGCAGUUGGAUGUUCGGUUGCCGGAGAACGCGACUGCCACACUCGGAGGCAUCCUCCAGGCGCUGAGCGUGUUCUCCGUGUCGUCCGUGCUGUCGUCUUCGGGCCUGCCGGGCUCGAGCUUGGCACACGCGCUCGACGAGGGUGCUGCCGCGCCGCUCAACGCCAACGACACGGUCGUCGAAGCCUUCCGCGUCACUGCCGUCGGUGCCGACAUGCGCAUCUCGCUCGAGCACCGCCCAUCAUCGACGGUCGUGGUCGAGCACACGCUGCUUGCCGACAUUAGCACCUGGACCCGGCCCGAAAGCGUUGAGCGCUUCUCGGUGUUGCCGCGCCUGACAAGCACGUCCUUCUCGAUCACGACGGCCGGUGGGACGCACGUCCUUGCCGUCGGUCCCGACCGGCCGUGUGCCUCGGGCACGGGUUACACGGGCCGCGUGACGCUGGUUGUUCCCGGUGCCUCCUUCAACUCGUCAGCGCUGGGCAAGAUCGAGGCGCAAGGGGCAGUCACGUUCAACUGCUCGUCGACCGCGGACCUGCGCCCGGCGGACCUCGUCCUGCAGGCGCACGGUGCGACGGCGCGGGUGAGCGGGGGGGCCUUUGGCGACGUGGCUUCGACGAACGCCACCCUGCUGUACCGUCAGCGGCAUGGCAUGGCUUUCAUCGAGGGACGGGCGACUGAGAAUGCCACGUUCAGGACAGACAUCGCCUCGACGUCGCCGUUGACCCCGACGCGCGCCGCCUACGCGGUGCUCCCACACCUGUUCGAGUACCAGAAGCGCUCGCAGUGGUGCGGGAAGUUUGCCCCCGACCUGACGACGGUCGAUCCGUCGCUCGGCGCCAAGAACCUCGCCGUCGGAGCGCCGCAGCCCGCGGCUCUCCACGCGCCGGCGUCCUCGCAGCCAUGCCGGGACAUCAACGGCACCAUCCGGGGCUCUUUCGAGCCGCUCGACUGGUACCCGUGGUUCUCGCACGCCAACGCCACCACGAACUCUACGAAUGGCACUGGUUUCGCGAACGACACCAUCUCGAUCCCCGCACAAAGCCUCCUGGCCUGUGCGGUGUCGAGCGCGACGAUCGCCCCCCAGGCCGCCGAGGGGUGUAUGGUGCUCAACGGAACGUUUGCGCACACCGGGGCGCUGACGUUCGCGCUGAACAUCAGCGCAUGCAGCAACGCCACGCUUUCGGCUAUCUAUGCUAUUCAGAGGCAGGCGGAAGCAGUGAACGGGACGUGCACGGCGCUGCAGGCGGGCGGGAGUGGCUUUGUCGCCGACAGAGCCGCGUCGGACCUGCUGUCGUCUGAUCAGGCCGUGCAGCUCCUCGCGUCGAACGCUCCGCGUCUAGAGCGCUGGGACGUGCUUCAGGCCGAGGAGCUCUCUGUUCGGGUGUACCACGACGGUGCUUCCUCGUCCCUGGAUGCCCGCUUCCUCUCUCCUGCGUGCUUGUCGGGUGGCUCGCAGCAGUCGGCAUCGCUCGCCUCCCUGGAGGCAUCCUUGUACAGUAUCGAGCUGUCGGCGCCCGCGGCUGCAGCGGCGGUCCACUGCGCUCUCCUCGGCCCCUUGCAGAAGCCUACCCCUGACAACUUCACGUUGGAGGCCGCUCCUGCCAACGCCAACAUCACGGUCGGACAUCUCUCCGGCAUCGCUGUUUCCGGCCCAACAUUCACGCUGGAGAGCGGGGCCAGAUGGUUGGACUGGACGGCGGCCGGCGGCGGAUUCCAUGCACAGGGGAUCGCGCAUGUGCUGCAUGCCUCCGUGUCGGCGGACGCGCUGGACGUGGUGUCUGACGCGGGCGUCGUGUCAACGCUGGACAGCCUUGCGACUCUGUUGCCGUCAGGAGACAACCUGCGGGGUCUGACGGUUGCGAUUGGCGUUCCGGGCAUUGACCGCGGCGUUGUUUCGGCGGCCCCGCUCUGCAGCUUCGCGCUCUCGGCUCGCGGUGACAACCAGCUGGCGCUCAACACGUCCGCGAGGGACGACGGAUUCACUCACGCCGUCGCGCUGCGCGCAGCGGUGCUCCCUGAGCAGACCUUCGAGGGCUGGUCCGUCGGCGCCAUGCACUUGAACGUGACGCACGCGGAGUACUCGAUUGAGUCGUCGAACAACAACAGCGCUCGAGUGACCUUCAAGGCGCAGGGAGCGGGGCACCCGUGCUCGGCGCGCCGCAGCGCCAGCUUGGUCGUCGCGGGCGUCCCGCACCUGUCAGACCUGCACCUGAGCGGUGACGCUGCCCUGCUGUGCCUUUCGUCGGGGGUUGUCGACGGCUACGAGGCGUCGCUGACGUCCGACGGUGGCGCGCAUGCGUCGCUGGAGACAGGCGCUCUCGGCAACGUGACGCUGUCGAACCUCGCGGCAAACUACUCGAGCAGCAGCAAGGUGCUCGAUGCCACGUCGCGGAGCAGCGACGGCAGCCGAGACCUGGAAAUGUCUAUGACGUUCUGCAACGGAAACGAGACCGCUCGGGGCGUGCCGUGCGCGACGGCGGGCGCGGCGGGGGUGUGCAACGUGACGGCCAGCAUGCGCGGGGCGCAUGGGCAAACCUUGUCGCAGGUUUCCUCGCAGAUGGGUCUGCAGCUCGCUGCAGUGUUCCAGGAGGUCGGCGUCCCGGGGCUCGACGCGUCACAGCUCGCUCUCAUCCCGAGCGCCGAAAUCUCGAGCCUGGUGUUUGCCAUGACUCCGCUAGAGCAGUGCGUCAACGUCACCUUUGGCCUCUUCGACCUCGGAGACGGCACGCAGCUCAGGAACGCCCACAUUAACUACUGUGCUCACUGUGCAGCAGGGCGCCGCAGCGCCAGGUCCCUCGCGCAGGCUUCGCCCGCCAUGGUCUACCAGACUGACAGCUUCGUUGAAGUCUCGCUGCACGGUGGGCUGAUCGAGUUCACGGCCUCGGGCGCGAGUCCAUGCCGUUACGUCAACGGCUCCGGCGCGAUCGUGACGUCUGCAAAGUCGGACACGGGCGUAGGAACGACGGUAAACGGCAACAUCGUGACCAUCGGCCUCGUGGGCGCCGUGCCCGGCACAUACGCGCUGUCUUGCGGCAGCGGCGGGUCAAUCGUCGGGACCACAGUCGCCGUCAAUGCCAGUGGACUCGUGCUGUCGGACGGCGCCCUCAACGUCACCCUUGCGGAGGCUGCAGUCCUGUACAAGUCGGCGGACAAGGCCGUGGCGAUCCAGUCCGCCACGACCUCGGGGAGCGCGGUCGACAUCGCCCUGCCCCUCGCUGGUGUCGCGAACGCGACGUCGGUCGCCGGGACUUCGGUGCUGUCGGGCAGGCUGUCGGUCGUGUCCGCGCUGGCCAAUCCCAGCAACACAUCGCUCGCCAUGUCGACGGUCCUUGCGGACCUGGCGGCCCCGGGCGUUUCAGCCUUAUUUGCUGCAGCUGGUAUGCCAGGGUUCGACGUCGCGACGUCUCUCGACGGGACGGUUGUGCGAUACGUGAACACUUCCUUGAACAGCACGCACCUUUCGCUCGCGGUUACGAUGGAGGACACCGCGGGCGUGUUGCACGCCAUGACGAUCAUAAGCGCCGUGUCGGUCGGGAGCUCAGGCGACAACAACGCCUCGUCCCCGUUGGGCAGCGGCUCGUGGGCUUCUGGCGGGUACGUGUUUGACGUCGCAAGCUUCUCCUACGCCAUGUCGAUGGCGCAGAGCUCCACAACUGUCAUAUUGUCUGUAGAUAGCGGGAACCCUUGCGCGGAGGGCGGUCUGCCGUCCCGCUUGACCAUCGGCGGUGUGGACGCCUUCUGGGGUGGCAAUCUGCUGGCACUGGGCACGGCUUCCAUGGGCUGCAACGAGAGGGGGCUGCAGAACUUCACUGCCUCGUUUACGAACCACACUUCGGCGCUGGCGAUCGGCCAGCUUGGCAGCAUCGCGCCGGGACCAGUGGCGGCGACCUACAACAGCUCGGGGCGCACCAUCGACGUAUCCCUCGCGGAUGCGUCUGGCGCCGCCUCUGCUUCGUGGGGAUUCUCUGUUUGCGGAAACCAGAAUGCAGGGCCCGGGGCGAUGACGUCGUCGAUGAGCUGCCCGGACAGAGGGUUUCCAGGCUUGUGCAAUGUCCGCCGCGUUUCGACCGCACUCAAGAGCGCGGGCACCGCGCAAGCGCUCUCCGCGAUCGACGGCGCGCUCGGAACAUCUAUCGCAACCAUCCUGAACACCACCGGCGUGCCGGGCGUGGGCGGCACCCUGCGUUGGGACACGCAGGCGGGCACAGUCUUUGCCACCGACUUCACUCUCGCCGCCGACCCGGUGUCGCGGUGCAUCGUGAUCUCGGGCAACUUCAGCACGCCCGGUGACGGUUCUGUGCUCGUACGCAAGCUCGAGGUCUGCCAGGGCUGCUACGGGGCGGGCAUACCCAUUGUGCACAUUGAGUCCUUCGAUGUCGCGUUUGCGGGCCUGGGCGGCAAUGUGCCGGUCUCGGUCUCCGGCAGCACGCCGUGCGUCGUCCGUGGCGCAUCAGGGGAGGUCUCACCGGUCUCGAUGGGCACUCCCUUCUGGUCGGGCUCGGCAUAUCCCGCCAACGUAACAUUCGUCAUCCCCAACGUGGCAUUCAACGAGCGCGCGUUCAGCGCGGUCUUCCGGCCUUACUGCGACCGGCAGAAGGUAUCCGGGUAUCGCGUUCGGGGGGUCGUCCCCCCGAUCGCCCUGAACACGGAGCCCGUGGCGCUGGCGGUCGCGGACGCGACCAUGCAGUACGACUCGCUCAGCGACGGACUUUCGGCGCUGUCCGUGACCAAUAUCACAGAGAGUCUGCUGGUUUUCACGCCCAUCGGCGCGCGGCUGCAGUCCCUCGUCGCGGCGUCGCGCCGCAGGCUAACGCUGCCACAAGUUGGCACUGCGUUUGGCAGCGCCGUGCAGGACUUCUUGCUGGAGAUCAGCACCCCUCAGAUGGCAGAGGCGGUCGACGUCGUCGACGUGCCGUACGUGUUCCUCUCGCUCGAUCUUUACGACGACGUGGCGGCGGCGUUCACCGCUGGCAACCUCACCCUCGAGGCCGACCUGCGGCUCACCGACGACGCGACGAUCACGACCCUGGACGUUCGUUUCACAGUCUUCGACGUCACGGAUCCGGCCAAGGCCGUCCUCGAUGACAUGAGCCUGGACUACCGCACCGUGUUCCUGGAGGGCGAAGUUGUGUCCCUGUACCCGGAGGUCGUGGUGCGUGCCUCCGACUUCGCGCCGUGCCAGCCGGACGGAACGACGGCGACCGGUGUCAAUGGCAGUCUCGUUCUGAUCAACAUGCCGUUCGGCCUCGGGAGCCCGAAUUUCGACGCGUCCAUCGACUUGACGUGCAACGGGUCACGCAUGGUAGACAUCGCAGCCGAGGCGUUCCUCGACAGGAUGAACUCCGAGGUGGGCUUCGUCGUGCCGCUCGAGAACGUCACCGUCUCGCUGCGCAUGUCGACGGGCGAGCUCGCCGCGGUGGGCACCGCCGGCAAGCUCGAUGCCAAGCUUGCUGUCCCGCUCGGCGGGCGCGGCCGCAUAUCCGAGUCCGCGACGGCGACCCUGACGUCCGCGAUCGAUCUCGCCUGGCCCGAGGUGUAUGGCAGCGCCGGACUCAGUCUCGGGGACCGCCUCGAGAUCCAGGGCGCGCCCGGAGUGCAGCCCACUCGGCUGGCCGACGGGGACAUGACCGUUCGCGCGGGCCUGCGCGUCCUGCUGCGGCCGGACAACUUCACGGCGCGGUAUGUCCUCGAUGGCGAGGUCGGCCCCGACAUGAACGCCUUCGACUCGCACUACACCAUGACGCGCGGCGCAGCGCCAGGGGUGUGGGACUCGUACGAGGUCGGGUUCACCGCGUACGUGCGGUGCGCGCGGAGCGCCGAUGGCGUCCACGCGAACGAGACGGCCUGUACCCUGGUGGUCGAGGGCGCCGGCCCCGACCCCUGCGUGGCUUACUUCACGGAGCUGGAUGCGACGGGCUCUCCGCCCGAGGGGGGCAUCCCGAGCUGGAACGCGACCGCCGCCCAGCGCGAGAUGUCGUUCGACAUCCCCGACUCCAUCAUGUCCGGCAGGCUCGUCCACACGUGUCUGGCGCCGACCUUCGAUGCUCCACUGGGCACCAUGAACACCUGGCGGUUCGAGGGGGUCACUCCUGUGCGGCCUCUGAACCUGGGCCUGACGUUCGUUGAGAACCUCGUUCCCGACCAGUACGCCCUGUACUACGACGAGGCAUCUCGGAUCAUCGCGACGCAGAUGUUCACUGUUGCUGACGGCAAUGUCACGGCCGUGCCCGCGGGAGGCUUCGACUCCAUUCAGGCCCUCCUGCUGCAGCGUGACCUGACCGUUACGUCCGAGGACGAGGUGUUCGACAUCUUUGAGCGCGUCGUCGCAAAUUACCGCACGUUCAUGUUGGUGCGCAACUUCAACGUGUCACAGCUGCCCGUCGUCCGCGCAAAGGUGGAUGCGUGCAUCGCGGAGUACAGCUGGACCACAGGUCUGCUCGGAGGGUUCAUCUCGUCGCGGUUCAUCGACGGGAGCUUCGUGCACAACAUGACGUCUUCGGAGCUUUGGUCGUUGACGCUCGACUCGAUCAUACCGAUCCCCGUGCUGGAGCUCGAGUCCGUCCUCGAGGGGUACCUGUACGCGUACCUCACGGACCUCGGCACGACCAAGUUUGAUGACAAGCUGGAGUUCGUGGACGUGCGCGACGUGUACGUGUACCUCGACGUAUACGACCGCGUGCGCAGGACACCGACGCUCGGGACGCUCGACAUGGAGGGCACUGUGCGCUGGGAGAACACGGACACGCUCACCGUCGUGUCGACGGACCUGGUGACGGCGUUCGAGAACGCCCUUGACCCGCCCACGCUCAACAUGACGACCUUCACGUGGACCUUCUCCAACAUCUUCCUGGUGGAGGGCGCGGCGCAGUUCAGCCGCUUGCGCACGACCGUCUCCGGUACCUCGCCGUGCCCGCUACCGGGCAGCGGAGCGACGGGCGCGGCCAACACCACUGUGGACGGUACGCUUGAGCUCACCAACAUGCCGUACGGCCUCGGGUGGCGCACGAUGCCCACAGACCUGACCUUCCGGUGCCUCGGAUCCCGUAUCGACGACUUCGACCUCGUUGCGACCCCAGUUCCCGAUCGCGUGGUCGUCGACGUCAACUUCCUGGUGCCCGUGGAUUCGGCACUAAUCACGUACCAGCGGUCGACGGAGGACCUCACGGUGCCGGGGCUCACGCUGCGGACGAAGGCUCUUUUGACGGUCUCCCUCGACCGCGAGCGGCUCAAGCAGAUCGGUGGCCUGCGGCUCUGGAACGACUACGGCGACGCCAAUCUCGCGGGCAUCAAGGCCUCGGUGGGCGAGCUCGCGCCGGUGCUGGAGCGCAGCGGCUUCCCAGGAAUCAUGCCCAAGCGCAACGAUCUGUGGAUCUCGCGCCCGGGGCUCGAGAUCUUCGCCCGGACCCUCCUCGGCGAGUCGACCUUCAAGGUGACGCUGCCCUCGGAGACCACCGUCCGGGACUCGGAGGGGGCAGUCGUCGCGCUGUCGUGGGUGGACACGCAGUAUACGAUCAACCGCGUCCGGUCCCGCGGCAUCGACUACUACCUGGUCCGGGACGCGGAGUUUUCGUCGGGGCAGAACUGCGCCCCUGACGCGGGCGGCAAGUACGUGAACCGCGAGUCGUGCGUGGUCACGCUCACGGGCGCGCGGGGCAGCAACCCGUGCUACGAGCUGUACCGCUCCAUCGAGGUCGGCGUCGAGCCGCUGUCGCGCACCCCCGUGUGGACGGGCGCCAAAGCCUCGUGGCGCAACAUGGUGUACGGCGCCCCCGACGCCGUCGAGCGCGACGCGACCGUGCAGUUCUACUGCCUCACGCCGACGACGCUGACGCCGUACGGUACCAUGAACCAGUGGUUCACGGCCGGGUUCUCGAUCCAGCCCCAGGAGUACGACAUCACCAUCGACUUCCUCCCUGGCUUCAAGGGGCGGCAUUUCGGGGCGUACUACGACGAGGGGCGUCGCACGGUGGCCCUGCAGUUCUACGCCAACGCGACCGAGGUCACGCUGCGGCCGGACGGCUGGGCGCAGAUCAACGAGUGGCUGCUGUGGAGCCGGUUUCUGGGCGGCGACGAGCUCGGGGGCACCACGCUGGACCCCGACCUGUACAAGUGGGCUUACGCGGGACAGAAGAUGGCGCUCGUCUCUGACGAGCUGUCGUUCGUGCCGCUCGACGCGGAUGACGUGUUUGUCCAAUUCGACGAGCAGAACCGCAACAUGUUUGGCAUGUUCUCGACGGAGCUCGCGGAGGCGGUCUUCAACUACCACGACGUAGAGAAGCGGUUCCGUGGGCUGCAGUUCUUCCAGAAGGGCGAGCGGGUGACCCUCGCGACCCUCGAGAGCAUGGUGGGCAACACUGUCGUUGGCUGGGCGCGGCAGCUGCUGCUGCCGGGCGCGCGCGGGAAGCUCUCGUCCCCGCAGAUCGAAGUCGACGUGCGAGCCUCCGGCUUGAGCAUAUACAUCGACCUCUACGACGAGGACACAGAGGCCUACAUCCCGGAUGGCAACAUGACGGUUGCGUGCACACUGUCCUACCCCCACGAGGGCGUCCUGUUCUCCUCCACCCUGGAGAUGGACUUCGUCAAGGCGGUCCUCCCCACGCGUCAGAUGGUCUUCUUCGCGUACAUCUCCCUUGUGGAGUUCCAGUCCCCGGGCAAGGCAGACGUCAGCCUCAUGACGAUGGAGCUCGUGACCGACUACUGGCCCUGCAUGGAGGACGAGACCCCGCCCCUCCGCCACUCAGAGUGGGGCCUGGUGACGUUCAACAACGCCCCCUACGGCGUCAGCAGCUUCGACGCCGUCAGCGGCAUCAACGGCAUCGAUGCGCGGGUGUACCUCGUCUGCGACCGGGACACGCGCAACAUCGUCGACUGGUCCGCGGUCGCCAUCAUGCCUACGUGGACGACGGGCGUCGGUCUGCCGCUCAUCCCGCUGGAGGACGUGUCGCUGUUUUACAGGCUGGAGACCAACACGCUGACAGCCGAAGCGGUGAUCCCGAAGAACCCCUUGCCGCCCGCGGUGAACGGAACCGCGAGCGCCACGCAGUCGUCGACGGCUUCGAGGCGCAAGCUGGCGCUGAGCUCCGCCGUCGUGCAGCAGGCCGCGGCGACGGAGAGUUGGCUGGGCGCACAGGAGAUGUUGCCUGCCGGGAGCAGCUCGCUCGCCGCGAGGCUCCGCACCGCGACGCAGCAGCGGCCGAGCCGCGCUGCGUCGGAGGAGGCGCGCAUGCUGCGGCGAACGCUGAAGCAGGAGGCCGCAACUCCCGUGGUGCGGGAGUUCGUUCCCACGCUUCGCGCGACGCUCACGGUGCCCCUUCAGUUCGACCGGCAGCUCACGAACGAGACGCGUCUUCGCGUGGAGUUCACUGGCGACACGGACUUCCCGCAGUUCGUGCGGGACGUCGGCUUCUUCGCUGGCCAGCAUUUCCAGCGCGCUGGCCUCCCCGGCGUGACGCCGCUGCGCCUGUCCGACACCAGGAUCUCCGCGGGCUCCGUGAUCAACCUGUAUCCGCGUCGCCUGACGUUCGCGGGAGAGGCGCAGUAUCUGCUGGACGACUACGGCAACCACGUCGCCUUUGAGUUCUCCUCUCGGCAGGCUGACGGCCACGAGUCGGUGUUCUGGUGGUACCAGGACAGCAUGAAGGCAGCGGUUGGCAAGCUCUGUCCGACGCCGGGACCUUCGGGCUACGUGGUCGCCGACAAGUGCAAGAAUGUGUUCUACCUGGAGGGCGUGGACCCGUGCUGGGAGCGCACCGUGCGCGGCCUGGCCGAGCCCCCGACCUGGACGGACGUCCCUGGCCUCCUGCGCCAGUCCCUGUUCGCCCUGCCGGACAUGGCGACCACCAGCAGCGUCUCCUUCAACUGCUCCGGGCCCUCGGGCGACGCGCCGUUCGGGCUGCUGCUCAGCUUCCGCGUCGUGACCGACCUGGACUUCGCGGGCUCGACGGCCCGGCGGCAGGCUCAGGAGGGCGGAGCCGGAGGCGCGGGCGGCGGCGUCGACCUUUCGAGCAUCCUGGCCUUCAUCCCCGAGUCGGGCAACAUCGGUGGGGCGUCGAUCUACUUCGACGAGCUGCGCAUGAUGACCGUGUACGCCCUGCGGGUCCAAGGCGCGGCCCCUCAGCAGCAGACGAAGGAGGAGAGGCGCACCGAGGUGUUCGACACGGUCGACAGCCUGGUGGCUACCGCUAUUGGGCUUGGGGCCCCGGUGCCCGAGGCGUUCGAGGAGUACGCGGAGGAGCCAUCGGUGGCCGCCAGCGCCGCCGCGGCACGCGUUUACGCGAACGCAACGGACGAGAACAGGCAGUUCCUCGACGCCGCGCUCGGGGAAGGCGGGGAGGACCUCGCGACGGGGGUCGACGCCGCCAUCGGCAACGCGGCGGACGAGAUCCUCGGCGAGGAUAUUCAGAACGCGAUCGACAUCGCAAACACCGUCACGGACCCGUGCUUUGCGAAGGCUCUGGCGAGGAAGGUGAUGCAGAUGAAGAUCGUCGUCAUGCUGGAGGAUUUGACCAACAUCGAGGUGGCCGGGCUGGAGGUCUUCGACAUCAACACGGUGGUCAUCAUGGUGGACGGGGCCACGAACACCCUCACCGGCAUGAUCGACGCCGUCGGCUUCGAGGGCAGUUUCGUACUGGAGCUCCCAGCCCUGAGUGAGGACGCGAGGGAGGCCCAGGCGGAGAGCGGACGCAGCGGCAUCGGCCUCCGCGGCAUGGAGCUGAAGCAGAAGAAGUCGCUGACGCUGCUGGACCUCCCGCUGAUGUUCACCGGCCCGCACGUCGACGCGCUGCGGAGUGAGGCCCUGGGCGGCAACGCCUGGUACAAUGACCUGGCCCAGGCGCUCGACUCGGUGGCGAUCGCCAACCUCCACGUGACGCUCGACUUCUUCGACGAGGAGACGGGAGAGUACUUCGACGGGUACAUGUGGGUCAGCGGCGCCGUGCGCGUGUCAGGCAACUCCUUCUACACGAAGAUCGACCUUCAGUUCGUCAAGCCGUCGUGCGGCGGCUGGAUCGUCGCGUACCUGCGCGAUCCUGUCGAGCAGAAUUGCCCGUCCACGCCGCGGCGGCUCACGGGGGCGGCCCGCGCGGCCGGCACCCUGGAGGAGGAGCUUCCGGGAGGGUCCCUGUCGUACGAGUUCACGUACGUCACGGCGAGGGGCCGGAGGGUCACGUUCCAGAAGCACGUGGUGCUCGCGGACGAUGCGGUCGUGUUGGACCAGUUCCCUGACGACAGUCUUGAGGUGGUACGGUGCGACGUGCGGCGCGCGAGCGACGGCGAGGGCGACGACGAGCGAGUAAACGAGCUGGCGUUUUCCCUUGCCACACCGGCCGCUGUCUCUGCGGCCCGCGAGUGGAAGGUCGGCACCAUUCUCGUCUCCGAGUCCGGACACGGCUGUACGUACGACAACGGCAUGCCCUUCUCCUUCGUCGAGGAGGUCGUGGCACUGACGUGGUCGGGCGACUUCUCGCUGACGGUCGCGACGCGCUCAUUGGACGCCUCAAAGGCGAUCCUGAACGAGGCCGUAUUCGGAACCACCACCAUCGACGAGCGCGUCGACUCGCGGGCAUCGAGGGCGCGCGCACUCGGGUCGGACGGCCUGGAUGCCCUGGCUUGCGACCCGCACGAGGCAUUCGGGGAGAGCGACAUGUCCGCCGACGCCCACGUCGCGUUCGAGCAGGCCGGCGUCGCGCGCGUCUUUUUGGUCUCGGUCGACAUCGACAAGGAGGCGUUUGCGCGGAAGCGGCCGCCUGCGGCACAGUCGGACGCGGCCGUCGUCGAGGUGCACACGAUGCACUCCGCGGAGUCUCGCUGGUCGGUUGCUGGCUGCGCCCGGCCCCAGGCCCGCGGCCACAUCCACGCGUACCACCAGCUCCCCGUGGGGGACUUCGUAGACCCCUUCGAUACGCUGUGGUUCGAGGUGGGCUACGACGUACCCGACUUCGGUUGGUUCGCGUUCCGCGCCGGCGUCGCGAUCGUUUCCUUCGGCGACUUCGACGCGCAGGGCCGCGUCACGGCGACGGUGCGGAGCUCGGGCGACGAUGUCCAGGUCGCCGAGGUGACGCUCUUUUGCCCGGCGUGCCAGAGGCUGUCCCGCGAAGGGCGCAGCGCGUCUGCGGGCCGCUUGCUGCAGCAGUCCGUGAGCGACGUCGCGUGGACGGAGACCGUCGACGUCGGCGGCGCGGGGCUGUCGGAGACCAUUUACCUGCUCGGAAGCGACGAGGUGGGCGCGUACGUGGCGCUCGACGACCUCAACGUGGGCGUUCAGGGCGUCACUCUGAAGUACUACGCGGAUCUUACGAUGCUCGUCGUUGACGUCUCUGGCUCCCUGACCACCGGGGGCGGGUUUGCGUGGAAGGUGGACGGCGAUGCGCUUGUGGGAGGCGACAUCAAGGACUUCCUCCCGACAGGCGUGCCCGAAACGUUCCAGGUCGGCUAUGACGUCGGCGCGGGCUUCGUGCUCCCUGGCUUCUUCGCCGGCGUCAAGGCCAGGCCGUGGGAGGGCGAGUGGGACGUCCGCUUGGGCGUGCAGAUUGAGGGCGGGUACGGAUACGACUUCGCGCUGCCGUUCUCGAUCCAGGGAGGCUACAACAUCGGAACGGGGACCACGAUCUCUGACACGAGCGUCGGAUCGCUCACGCCCACGCGCAGGGAGUACGAGUGGCAAUUCUCCGCAUCGCUGACGAUCAUGCCAUCCCUCGCGCUGCGCCCGGAGCUGCGCGUCGGUCUCUGGUUCCUGAACGAUGCGGGUGUUGCGUACGCCUCGUCGAUCUUCCCCGCGGACAUCGCGGCCUGGAUCCAGGUCGACCCCGCCGGCGUGCAGUCCAACCCGACUAUCGAGCCGGAGCCCGUGACCGGACCCGCCGCCGUCGUCGGCGAGUGUCGCGACGACGAUGACCCGAUGCCCAGCACCCGGCCCGCGCUCCAGGUUGACGUCAUCUAUUACUUCCAGACCCCCCAGCUCUACGCCUAUGGCGAGCUGAACUUGGGCUCUCUGUUCAGUCCCUUGCAAGUCCGCAUCCCAGCGAACGAAGACGAGUUCUACACGAUUCCCGCGCUCCGAACCCGGACGAUCGACGGCAUCGACUUCCUCUUCGGGCCGGUGUACCCGCUGCGGUACUGCGCGCUCCCCGUCCCCGUGCCGGACGAGGACAUCUUCGAGGGCGUCGAGGAGUGCCCCGCGGGCUACGCCUCGAACGUGGUCACCAAGGUCACGGAGCCGGCGGUCUGGUACGCGUACCUUUUCGACCCCUCGGUCACCUCCUUCUGCUCUUCCUUCCCGGGCAUCUGCGCGGGGUCGUCGCAGACCUACAGGACCGUCCUCUCCGAGUAUCCCACCUGCGUGCCGUGUCCGCGCGGCUGCAGCAAGUGCCGCUUCCUGCCGAACACGCGGGAGGUCGCGCGGGCCUGCGGGGAAGAGUUCUCGCUGGUCUGCGAGGAGUGCGAGACUGGGUACGGCCUCAAGCCCUACAUCUACGCGCCGUUCCUGGACUCGUCGCUCGCCCGACGGGGCACCGAUGCGCACUGUCCGGUGUCGGAGUGCGAGCCGUGCGCCAAGUCGACGCCGAAUUGCAAGGAGUGCGUGUGGCGCUGUGGAAACGGGGACGCGUACGGUCGCGCCUGCGUCCUCCCGGACAAGCGCGCGUACAUGCACUGUCUGAGCUGCGAGCGCGGCUCGACGCCCGUGUACGGCGACUACGAGGCAGUCGACAAGCGCUGGCUGGACUACACUGCUGAGGAGGUGUUCCAAGAGACCGACCCCGGGAUCGACCGCCUCCGCCUGCAGUGCGCAACCACGCUGCAGCAGCCGCGCGGAGACGACGACACGCCCGACCCGGAGGCAGACGAGGACGUCGUGGGCGGCCUCCUGGGUCUGCGGGCCGCUGCAAACGCGACCACGAACACGACGUCUCCGGUCGAGGAGGACGAGGAGGACGACAGCAGCGUCGCGCUGUCUGCGGGCACGGGCGAGGUCAAGCCCAACCCGUACCUGUUUGACGAGGAGCUGGACGCCGGGGAGUGCGUCACGGAGACCGGCGCAGGCUUUGAGAACAACUGUACCGUGGGCAGCUUCGCUGACUCGGCGCCCGAAGACGAGGCGGCCGACGCGUGUCCCGGGGAGGGCUGCGAGCUCGACGAGCUGGGCGAGUGCGUGUGCGCGUCGUCGGAUCUUGUCGACGGCAUCGCAGACCCCUGCGAUGUGGAGGAGGAGCCGAAGGAGGUCAGCCAGGCCUUCCGCCGCGCUCCGGACUACCCCCUCCAGAUGCUGUUUGGCAUAUUCUGCGACUUCUCGCAGGGAGACGAGGUCUCCCCGGAGACCUGCGCGAUCUUCGCGUUUGGUGGCGGUUCGCACCCGUGCGCCGAGUACAACGCGCCCGGGUCGCAGCUCGACGCCCCGCCGCCCAUCGACGCCAUCCUCGUCCUCACUCUCGCCGAGUGGGGCAUCUCCACGCCGAUCCAGUUCGAGGUCACCCUCAAGUUCCAGUGCUCGCGCCCUGACCCGAGCGACCCGGAGGACAAGAUGGGCAAGGUGCUGUCGUACGAGGUCAUCGCUCGCUACGAGACGGAGUGGGUUCUCGACAUGAGCACGAUCGGCUUCGAGCAGCUCGGCAAGGCCCUGUCGCCGUCCGAGCUUGGGUUCCACUACAACUCCGCCACCGCGGGUCUCAAGUUCGACAUCACCUUCGGCGGGGCGUUCAAGCUGCGCACGGAGUUCGACAAGACCCGCGACGCCCGCUUCUCGUGGUACAUGGAGCUCGUCCGCACCAUCACCUUCAAUGACGUUGCUGAUUUCUUCGGCCUCGCCCCGACGGGGGAGACCGCGCACCCGGCGGUGCAGUUCCUCGAGGGUUUCCUCGACGUUGGGCUGUCGAAGGGAUCGGUCUUCGUGUACGAGGUCGACCAGCGCCAGAACGUCCGCAAGUUCCUCUUCAACGGCGGCUUCGUGGCGGGGGGCAGAACGAUCCGGUUCUCUUUCUCUCUGUACAAGCCGUUGCCCGGGAGCCGCCUCAGGAAGACAAGUGGAGUCGUGGGCAUCAGCCUCGUCGACGUCUUCGCGAUCCUGAAGGAUCAGCCGGGCAUGGGCUUCCUAAACACGCUGUUCAAUUUCCUGGAGCUGCCCUCGGACGCGUCGGAGCCGUCGCAGAUCGACUUCAUUCUUCACUUCGGUGACGAGGGCAGGUUCGACAAGAUCGACAUCGGCAGCAUCGUGGCUACGGGCCCUGGUUUGCACACGCUGGCCACGGGCAACGAGUUCCAGGAGGCGGCGGCGCGGAAGGCGCGUCGGAGGCUCUUCGGCAGCGCAUCCGCGACCUCUCCGGUGCCUUCAUUGGCAGGAGAGCGCAGCGUCCGGCCGAACGAGCGAUCGACGGCGCUGAGGGCGGGGUCUCCUUCCUUUGGGGGGGACAACGUGCCGGCGCCGCCACGGCAGCAGUACCAGCGCUACAACACGAUUCGCGCGGGCGUCUGGAUAGACCCCGACUGGGUCAGGGAGACGGCCGUUGGCAAGAUCCUGGACUUGGUCGGAGACCUCCUGAGCGCCGUCUUUGGGGACAACGUAGACGUCGAGAUCGCCCUCGAGGGGGUGGAAAUCAUCGCGGUCCGGAUCUUCUCCAUCCAGGAUCUGGAGAUUGACCCCGGCCGGACCUGGAUGAAGAACAUCGAAGCCAAGAUCGCGUUCACCAUCAUUCCCUUCAAUCCCGUGCCUGAGCUCUCGUUCUCGAUGGAGUUCUGGUUCCGCGUGGACGCCGUCGAGGGCCCCACGGACCUGAUGUUCGAAACAACGUUCACGUACCAGCCGUUGACGAACGCCAUUUCCGCCGAGCUCAACCUCGAGUCCGAACAGGGCGUGAGGAUGACGCGGUCGCUGACCAUGUAUCAGAUCUACGCGUCCGUUGGGCUGCAGAUCCCUUCACUGCUGCCGCUCCAGAUCGGACUUGCGGUGGAUGGCUCCUACGGUGCAAUGCGACUCCAGGGCGGCAUUUUGGUCGAUUUUACCAACCCAGUCAAGGUCGAGUUCGGCUUCAGCGUCCGCGUGUUUGGGCUGUACGGCCGUCAGGUCGGCAUCUCGACCGUCGUCGACGCGUUCCUGGCGGAUUUCUCGUGGAUUUUCUUCCCGGACCGGCCGUCCCUGCAGCUGCCGGAGCUCGCGCGCACUGGCCUGGACCUCAAGGGGUCCGUUGGGAGCGUACAGCUGCGCUUCAACCCGCUCCCGAUCGCCUUUACGCUGGGCAGCCUCGAGAUCAAGCAGGGAUACCAGGUCGAGAUCGUGAACUACAAGUUCUUGAUGUUCACCGUCCUGCGGGCCAACUUCGAGUGGACCGUCAUCCCGCUCCCGCAGAUCGACGCGGAGCUCGUCGUGGCUCCGACCUCGUUCUACAACAUCUUGGACAUGUACAGGUCCAGCACGCAGCGCAACGAUGGCCCUUACUGCCGCUUCCACUCGGGCAUCCCGCUCCCCUUCCGCAGGCGCGGCCAGGAGGACGCCUCUCCCGACGAGCUCCUCCAGCGGGCGCACGAGCACCCGCAGACCAAGGAGGACGGGCUGCUGCACGCCGCCUACAUGCGAGACAAGCUGGAGCGCAAGCACCAGCUGGGGCGCUACAGCAACAUGGACACCGCCGCGGCUGUGCGCAGGGGGCUGCAGCAGCGCCGCGCCCGCUCCCAGGUCGCGAACGUAGAGGAUGUGGCACCGACGCGCCGCAAGACCCUCCGCGUCCCGGAUCCAGAGGAGGUGUUCGUGAUUGACUGCGAGGGCUACCUGAACUUCAUGGGGAUCGAAUUCGAGUUCGAUGUGUACAUCACCCCCGUGUUCUACUCGGUCGAGGCCAGCGGAACCAUCUUCGGCCGUGCGCGGAUCGAAAUGCUCAAGGAACUCGAUAUGCGGCGCAUCACCCAGGGCAUCGUGUCCCUCCGCCUGCGGUACGCGCUCAACUCCGGCAGCAACAACGGCGUCCUGACGGAGAUCUACCUCGGGUUCCGCGACGUGUUCGUCGACAAGCUGCGGUCCAUCAUCGACUCCCUCGUCGCCGAGGCGAAGGACAUCGUGGAGACUGCCAUCCGCAUUGCACGCGCUGGGUUUGAGGCGGCGAAGCGGGAGCUGGCGAAAGCCGAGGACACGAUCCGGAGAGGAUUCGCGUACCUCGAUCCUCCCAUCAACAGCGCAGCGCGAUCCAGGGACCACCACCGCAGGAAGGCGGACAGCAAGCGGUGCAAGUGGACUCGCCCUUGGGAGUGCGUCGCCAAGGCCUACCACCGGGGCAUGCAGGGCUUCUACUCGGGACUCUACAAUAUCGCCCGAGGCGUCAAGACUGCCGCCGAACAGCUUGCGCUGUCCGUCCUAGAAGCGGCAAAGUGGGCACUGUCGCAGGCCGAGGAGCUGGUGAUGCUGGUCCUCGAAGGCACGGCGCUCUUCCUCGAGGCGAUCACGAGCAUCUUCGACACCGUCAUCUCAGGGUUCCUCAGCGCGUUCGAGAACGUGGUCGAGUUCAUCGAAAUGAUCAUGAACGUGCGAAAGAUCGCAGUCGACAUGGAGAUCACCACGGGAGGCACGUCCUCGAUGCUCCUUGACCUCGAGGUGAACUUCUUUUCGCUUGGCUGGGUCGAUAUCACGCUCCACUGCACGUUCAACCUGGUGCAAAUCCUGGGGGAGAUGAUCUCCGCGGCCACGAAGUACAUCUGGGAGUGGCUCCGGUCAAUACUGCCCAGCCCGGCGGAUUUCUGGCCCUUCCGCAGGCGCAGCUUGCUGUCGCUCGCGACCGACAGCAACUUCGUCCUUCCUCUCCUGCCGGGCGCCGGGAACAUCACUGUCCCCACGUCCUCGUGGCGCGUGCCGGCCCUGGAGGCCGUGGCAGCCGUGGCGACCGCCUACCAGCGCCUGGACCACAUCCACGAGGCCAUCCGCCGCGUCCACGAGACCGAAGAGGAACGGGAGAACGGAACUGCCUCGACGUUCUUCGAGUACGCGGCCUUGUUCAAUCUCACCACCACGGACGAGCUGCUCCCUCCGGAAGAGCAGGCAGAGGUCGACGCGUUCAUCAGGAGCUAUGAUCCGGCCGCCGUCCAGGCAGCGGGCCUCACCGCCAUCGACGGCGGCCCCCCCGCGCCGAUCGACCAGAUGCAGGGACGCCUGCGCAAGUAUGCGGAAUCAGCCGUCGCAGUCGACGCGUUCUUUGAGGACUCGCUAGUGAUCCUGGCCAACGACAGCACCGCGUACGUGCCCAAGGGGCUCCUGACGGCCGACGUGCCCUUCCAAGCGCGUCAGCUACAGGACGCCGACGUCGAGGAGAAGGCAAACCAAACGGUGUACGUGGCGCUCGUUCCAGCGCCGGGCGAAGGCGCCGGCGCCUCGCGUUCCGUGUGCUCGCCGGGCGCUCUGUGGGCGCGAACGGGUCUCGAGGCGCGCAUGGCCGAAGCCCCCCGCCCCGCACGGGUGUACGCGCCCACGGGCAGGGUGUACGCCGCCAACGAGCCGUGGUGGACGGUAGCCGUGCAGCAGUCGCUGGUGACCGGGAUCGACACGUGGCCGCUGCCCGACGGCGCUGUCACAUCGGGUUGCCGGAUCGCCAAGGACGACCUUCUGUCGGAAUUUGCGGCGUUUGCCCGCUACCAGCUCGGCACCGACAUGGUGAAGCAAGACCUCUUCUCUGCUUGGUCGUUCGAGGUGAACGAGCCCCAGCCCGCGGCCCUGUCCGACGCGAUCCGCGACCCGUGCGGCGUGCGGAUCGAAGUCACGCGCACCGAGGGCCACGACGUCGCCCCCACGGCUGGCGGCGACAUCGUCGUGGGGCCCGUCCCGCAGGCGACGGUGAACGCCAACGGCACCCUCGAGGAGCCGGGCGAACUCACUGAGACGCUCUCCUGCUCCGACGACGCGUUCAGCGCGUACCGCGCGCUGCUCGACCGGCCGGCGCUCCGGCACCCGGGCUUCCCUGGCGGAGCUCUGUGGCGGGCGCCUGGCGAGGAGGGGGGCAAGGGGUCACUUGGGGAUCCGGCGUACAUGCGCCUGCAGCUGUCGUCGCUCCCUGAGCGGAUCGUGACGGGUGACGGCACGGAGGGCACGGUGGAGUCGCUGGAGCUGCAGCAGGUGGAGGCGCUGCUUUCGACUGGCGGGGUCGGGGCGGCGUUCGUCGACGCACUGGCGGCCGCGGACGUGGUGUUCGACGACGGCCGGGGCGGCAGCCUGCGCGCCGUGCACGGUGGCCUUCCAGUGCUGACCAUCGACUUAACCGCGGGGCGCGCAGAGUCGCUGCCGACGCGCGUCGUGAGCAUCGAGUUUGGUGCGGCGGGCGGUGGGACCAACACCACCGCCCUGGUGGCGGCCCUCGAGGCCAGCGUGCACGCGAGCGUCACUGCUGCUCUGUCCGGCGUCUCGGGCGAGCACCCGACGAACAGCGUCUUCACCUAUGCCGAGGAGACGACCCCCACCAACACCACGACUGCUCUGGGCCAACGGAGCUUGCUAGCCGCAGACCUGUCGCAGCCCGAGUCCUGGCCGCUCAACGCGAGACGUAAUCAACAGGCGGGCCCCAUCGUCCGCGUUUCGGUCCACCUCGGCGGGCGCAACGCGAGCAGCAUGGCGCUGGCCGCGCACACCCACCUGUCGAGCACCGCUACGCAGGCGUCUGUCGCGACAGGGGCGGCUGCACUGCAUGCGGGCGGCGCGUCGUUCACCGUGUUGUCGAGCCCCGCGAUCACGACGCUGGGCGGCACCGUCGUGUCCUCCACGACCGGAGUCCCGGCCACGACGCCUGCGCCCACGCCAGCUCCGGUGGCACCCACCAGUGCACCAGCGGCGCCCACCGCGGCCCCGACGACGGUGGCGCCGGAUACGACCCCCGUUGUGCCCACCGCGGCGCCGACGACGGUGGCGGCGGAUACGCCCGCGCCUGCCGCGCCUCCGGGGGCCUCGGCGACGUCGGCGCCCGCGGAGACGACGGAAGCUCCCCUCGCCCCGCUCGAGCUCCAGUUCACCCUCCGUCUCCUCGGUAUCGCCGAGUGCGACGCCAACGUGCAGGCCCAGGUCGGCUUCGCCGUGCGGACGGUGCUGGGCCGGCGUGCGCAGCCCGCCCUGUCUGUCUGGCCCGGCGGGUGCUCCGGCACGCCCGCGGACGCGCUCCGCGAGGUCGACGCUUCCGUGUCCUUCACGGUGCAGCUCCAGUUCGCGCCCUCCGUGAACCUCGACGUCGUCGCGCAGGCGCUGGCGUCGCAGGAGUUCGUGUCGCAGCUCGUUGGUGAGCUCCGCGGGAAGGAGAUCGCGGUCGCGUCGGCAACCCUGGAGGUCGCGGGGCGCUUUGCAAGUGCGGGGGAGCCCAGCGGCGAGACCGGGGUCGAUGGCGACGGCGGCGCCGGCGGCAGAUCCGCGCUUUCCCUUGCUGGGCCCAUUGUUGGGGUGUCAGCAGCGGCGGUCGCUGUCGUCGCCGUGGUGGCGUUCUUCGUGCUGCUGAAGGUCCGCAGCAACGUGGCUGCGGCGCGCAGCGCCGUGGUGCCCACCCCGCCCGCGUCCGAUUACGAAUUCCCCAGAAACGUUCUGUGA